CCGCCCCCAAACAUAUACGACCCCGUCCGCUUCGUCCCAAAACCAUCCCGCGAUAAACCCUAGAAAUGCUCCUCCGAUCCCCUCCUCCCCCCACUCUCUCCUCCUUCCCCCCCUUCGCCUACUCCCGAAUCCCUUUAGGGUUUCGCUCCCCCGCGCUCUUCGCGAGGAAGGAGAAGGAGAGGAGGCUCUUCGUCCCCAUCCGAUGCGCGUCGAUAUCGCAGAUCCACAGCUACGGGACGGUGGAUUUCGAGCGGAGACCCGGGCUCAAAUGGAGCUCGCUCUACCGCCGCAUCGCGACGAUGGAGAACGAGGGCCUCCGAUCCGGCGCCGUGCUCGAUCGGUGGGAGGAGGAGGAGCAGCGCCUCUCCAAGUGGGAGCUCUGCCGCGUCGCCAAGGAGCUCCGCAAGUUCCGCCGCUUCAGGCUCGCCCUCGAGGUUUAUGAGUGGAUGGCUGAUCAAGGAGAUAGAUUUGCAUUCACGUCCAGUGACAUGGCUAUCCAGGUGGAUCUCCUUGCCAAAGUGCACGGUAUUUCACGUGCAGAAGAGCACUUCUCAAAGCUCCCUGAUGUCUUGAAGGACAAGCGCACUUACGGUGCUCUUCUAAAUGUUUAUGGACAGGCAAAGAUGAAAGAGAAAGCUGAGGCCAUUGUCGAAACAAUGAGAAACAGUGGGUACGCAAUCGAUCCACUUCCCUUCAAUGUGAUGAUGACUCUGUACAUGAAUGUUGGAGAACAUGAUAAAGUUCCUAAGAUCAUUCAGGAAAUGAGGGAAAAGAACAUAAAAUAUGACAUUUAUUCCUACAAUAUCUGGAUAACAAAUUGUGCAGCGAUGCAAAAUGUAGAGGAGAUGGAAAGAGUGGUAGCUUUGAUGACUUCUGAUAGCAAUAUUAAUGCAAAUUGGACCACUUACACAACACUCGCAACCAUGUAUAUUAGAUUGGGCAACUUCGAAAAGGCUCAAAAUUGCCUAAAAGAAGCUGAAAUUAGAAUGACAGGUAGAGAUCGAACACCCUUUAAUUAUCUCAUCGGGCUUUAUACCAGCAUAGGGAAGAAGGAAGAUGUCUAUCGAAUUUGGAACUGGUACAAAAGAAGCUUCCCCACAAUGUUGAAUUUAGGAUAUCAAUCGAUGCUAUCAGCUCUGAUCAGGCUAGGUGAUCUUGAUGGUGCUGAAAUGAUCUAUGAAGAAUGGAUGUCCAAUGCGUCAAAUUACGAUCCCAAGAUAUGCAACAUUUUAGUGGGUUGGUAUGCUAGAAAUGGUUUUGUCCGAAAAGCCAAAAAAGGCAUUGAUCGUUUGAUUGAGAAAGGUGGAAAGCCGAAACCUAUCACAUGGGAAGUCCUCGCAGAAGGCUAUAUAAAUGAGAAGCAGCUGUCUGAGGCAUUGUCGUGUAUGAAAGAGGCUGCUUCUUAUGAAGGUGUGAACAAUUGGAGGCCGAAACCAGCAAACAUUGCUAGCCUUGUGGCACUUUGCAAUGAGAAGAAUGAAGCAGGGAGUAGAGAUUUGUUGGCAGAGAUACUAAGAAGUAGAGGGUUUCAUGAAAGGGAGGAGUACAAGUCGUUGAUUAGCUCAUAACAUAUCAAGGAAGCUAAUGCUGCGACAAUCUUUGAUUUUGCCUGAGAGGGAAUUAGAGUGGCUUGGCCGCUCAUAGUUUCAAGUGUUUAUUAUUCCGAAUCUUAAUAAAGUCUCUGUGCUGAAUUUUGUUUUGUCAAUAAUCGUGGCUGGAGAUAUGAGGUAUUAAUACGUACCUUACUGGAUUAUUAGACCAGCUGAUGCUCCAAAGAUGAAGAUAACAGGAACCUGAGCCUGGAAUGCACACUAUUUCGGCAUUCUUCUAAUUCUUCUGAGCACUUUCCGGAGCCAUUUUAUGUUUUUUUAAGCCCAGGUUAGUUGUUUUAUUUAUCAACAUAUAAGCUCUUAAGAUGUUUCUUAUUAGGACCAGAGGAAUAUAGAGGUUGCUGCUUUGUUAUUUCAUAUCUUUUAAAUACUAAAGCUACAGUUUUUUUUUUUUUUUU